AUGCUUCCCGAUGGCCUCCCCACAGGCGUGCACGUGGUCAUGCUGAUGACGCGCCGGAAGCACAUCGAGCACGCGGAUUCCUGGCUAGGUGUGCGCAGCGCGUGCGAGCGGUUGCUGAUGGAGCGACAGAUGGCUUUGAAGGGGGAGAUGCAGAUGUACCUUUGCUGCUUAUUGCCGAGGUUUUGGCCCUUGAGAUGGUUCUGGCGCUAUCGCAUGUGCAGUUGGGCGCGGCUGCUGGAGGAGGAGGAGCAGACACAGGUGCACAUCCUCUCCUGCACCAAGUGGUCCAGCUUCUUCCAGAAGAUGCAGAUCCACAAUGAUGGGCGAGCGCACACCAUGGUGAUACGCAACGAUGGAGAGAUUCUUUGGGUGGGCCACGACCGUUUCCAAGAACAGUUCCACGAGAGGGAAAUGGUGAAUGUGGUGAAUGAAGAGUGCCAGUCACGCGAAGACGCCAAGCUGCUGGAAGGGGGCGUCACUGGAGCCAUCGAAGCAUCCGAGGAGUUGACUGUCGCGGCAGGAGACGGUCGAGUCGAUGCGGGUCAAAAGGGAGCGGAUCGUGAUUGGAUCCGGUCGCUGCGCGCCGAGCUGGCCGCGCUCGCGCGGACGGUCCGCGCGGACGGAAGGGACGCUGAGCAGAUGGAGACCACAGAGGCGCCGGUUUGCGACUCAGGACUCUUUUUGGCCGUUCUCGUUGCCCUGCCACGAUCGCGUGCCAAGCUCUACACACGGCGCCCAGAGCUGCGGAGCACGGUCGCUGCAGUUGCGGAGGUCGUGGAAGUUGCGGAAGAUUCCACGGUGGAGGAGGAGCCGUGGCUUCAGAGCUAUUUGAAGCAGGCAAAUUCCAAGCCACCGGCUGAAAUCCGGCAGCUCUUUCUUGAGGCGGUGAGGGAGCGGGGCUUGGAGCUGUAUGAUGCACAGCGCGAAGCGAUCGAGCAGAUCUUUGACGAUGUCCACGUGGUGUUGAACACUCCAACAGGGAGCGGUAAGUCGCUGGUGGCCAUGGCCAUGCUCUUCCGCGCCGUAGCCGAAGAAGCACGGGCCUACUACACCUGCCCAGUCAAGGCCUUGGUGAGCGAGAAGUUCUUCGCGCUUUGCAGGGACUUUGGCUCGGAGCUCAUCGGAAUGGCUACCGGGGACGUGAGCAUCAACUCUCAGGCCUCCAUCAUUUGCUGCACUGCAGAAGUCUUGGCCAACGUGGCCCUGCGUGGAGCCAACCAUGACCUUCAGUAUGCGGUCAUGGAUGAAUUCCACUUCUUCGCGGACAAAGGCCGUGGAUAUGCAUGGGAAGUGCCCCUCUUCCGCCUUCCACAGGUGACGUUCCUGUUGAUGUCCGCCACCAUGGGCCGCAACGAGGCCUUGAACGCCAACCUCGAGCGCUUCACAGGGAGAGAGGUGUCGGUGGUGACGUCGACUGAACGGCCGGUACCCUUGGAUUGGUCGUACCUCUUCAAGAACGUCCGAGAGGCGAUCUUUGAGUUGGUGGCCGAUGGCCGCGCGCCGAUCUAUGUGGUGAGCUUCACACAGGAUGCGGCUGCCACGUUGGCGCAAUCGUUGAUCACAAAGGAGUUGGCACCAUCGGAGGAGCAGAAGCACACCUUGUCCGAGGCCAUGAAGUCCACGGACUUCGACACCCCCUACGGCCCCAGUCUCCGAGCGCUUCUGCUGAAUGGCAUUGGUCUGCAUCAUGCAGGUUUGAUUCCAAAGUAUCGGCUGCUGGUGGAACAGAUGGCACAGUCAGGACUGUUGACGUGCAUUUGUGGGACUGACACCUUGGGUGUGGGGGUGAACGUGCCCAUUCGUAGCGUGCUCUUCACGCAGCUCUGCAAGUACAAUGGGGAAAGUACCGCUUUGCUCUCUGCUCGUGACUUCCAUCAAAUCGCCGGCCGCGCGGGACGCAAGGGCUUCGAUGAAGCGGGCAGUGUGGUGGCCGUGGCACCAGCACAUGAGGUCUACAAUCAGAAGCAUGGCUUGAUUGAGAAGCUGAAAGAGGAGAUCAAGGAGAUCCGCCGACGCGGCCGCCGACGCAGACGACGACGUGAGACGGCACCACGAGAGACGGAGAAGCCCAAGCAAAAGGCCAGCAUCUGGCGACGUGCUCGAACACCUGGACCCAACUUCGUUCGUUGGACGCAGAAGACGUUUGAAGAGCUCACUGAGAGCAGCCCUGCUGCUCUGGAGUCGCAGUUCCAGUUGAGUCAAGGCCACGUGCUCAGCGUGUUGCAGGGCGCGCAGGAGCGCGCCGACGGCCGUGCCACGAGCGUGGACGGCACGAGCGCCUGGCACGGGCGCGAGGAGCUGCGAGAGCUGAUUGAGCUGUCGGUGUGUAGCGAAGAAAAGAAGCAACACUGGCAGGAGCAGGUAGAGAGCUACAUCUCUGCACUGGGCGUCGCAGGGCUGGUGGAGUUGCAUGGAGAUGAGAUCCGCGUCGACAGCACCCUGCAGCGUGACUUUCUGCUGAUGGAAGAUGUCUCUUUGUUUCUGGUGGAUGUCCUGCCAUUGUUCCAGUGGAGAUACUCAACAGACCCUCGGCGCUUGGCGAGGGCCAUCUUGCAGGUGGUGGAAGCCCUUUGUGAAGGGCCGGUAGCGGUGAUGCGAGCGCAGGCGCGCCAUUUUUCGCGGCUCCGGUAUGCGGCCGCGUCUCACUGCGUCCUUCGAAGCCUUUGA